CUCUUCUUAUCUACAAUUGGAGAACGGCUUCGAAGUGGCGACUGACGACGAGCUAAGAGCCUCAGACCCACAUAGUUUGUAGGGUUCAAGAUACCGACGACUCGUCUCGCUUAUACUCCCCCUCGCUCCGACAGUUUCCAGCCAUUAUCGGAUGCUUAUCCACUUGUGAUGGGUGGCGCUUCGAAGUUGUUGAUGCUGCUUAGCACUCCAUUACCUCUACUCUACCCUCGUCCUUCAGCUUUCCGACUUGCCCGUUAUUCACGUGUCUCUAUCUCUCGCGUUUCCUCUACCGUUCACCGUAAUAGAUUCUCUUUGGGCCCUCGUCCUCGUUUUUGUUUUACAAUCAAAGCUUCCGAGGAGAUCCACACCCAAACCAGUAGUGUCAGGGAGGAUUAUGGCGGGGAAUCCUUAGGAUUUUCACCCAACAAUCGGGUUUCGCAUCCAUGGCCGGAAUGGUCAAAGCUCGUGGACAAUCUCAGAGCCGGUGGAUACUUCGAUCAUCAGAAUUCAUCGUCUGCGGCAUUGGAGGUAGAGUUUUCGGGGUAUGGAAAUAUACCAGAGGAGUUCGUAGGUGCAGCAAAUGCGUGUUUAUCAUUCGCUCGAAGUCGGUUGGAUCUUCUGGGCUCGCUUUCUCGAAAGGAUAUGCAGGUGGUCGUUGAAAAUGGAUCGCCAUUCAUUUUCAAAAAUGCAUUGGAUUCAGCUAGAAGGAUGAAAUCAUUCUUAGGAGGCAGCGGAAACAAUGGGGUUGAGAUGGAGAAGGCAGACAUGGUUGAUCUGAUGCAGUUUCUGUUGAGCUAUGCAUGCAAUCCUCUUGUUGCUUCAGACAGGAUCAACCUCAGCAAUGAAGAACUGGUUGAAUCAUCUGUUCGUAAUCUGUUGAGUCAGUUGGCUGAUGCAAGUAGAACUGAUCAAGGGUUGGACCUUUCUGAGUCAAUGCCAAAUCAAUCUACCGAUAGAUAUGGACAGACCACGAGGCCUGUUGGUCCAAACAUUGAAAUGAAGAGAGGAGACUGGAUUUGCCCAAAGUGCACUUUCAUGAACUUCGCAAGGAACAUGAAAUGCCUAGAGUGCAAUGGGCCACGGCCCAAGAGACAGCUGACUGGUGAAGAAUGGGAAUGUCCUCAGUGUGAUUUCUUCAAUUAUGGGAGAAAUUCAUUAUGUAUGAGGUGUGAUUGCAUGCGGCCUGGAGAUGUCCAAUAUGGCACCAUAAUGUCCAGGUCUGGCAAUGGAAGCAACUUCAACAAGAGUGAUAUUGAGAGUAGGCUUGCCGAAAAUGAUGAAAAGGCAGAGAAAUGGUUCAGCAAGUUCUCUCAACUGGACAAGGCUUCGGACCUGACUAGUGCCGUAGCUGAUGAAGACUUCCCAGAAAUCAUACCUUUGAGGAAAGGAGUCAACAAGUUUGUUGUCAGCACGAGAAAGACACCAUUAGAACGGAGGUUGGCUAAUGCCCAAUACCGAAGGAACUUGGGCAACGAUGGUACCCUUGAGGAGAAUGAUCUUCAGGCAGGGGAUGGAGGUGAGGUGAGUCAGAACAAGACUCCGGACACAUCAAUAAGCCAAAGUUUGGAUAGGAUUCUUGGUCGCUCUUCAGCUUCUUCAGAGACUGGUAGUCAUAUAAGUGCUGCUGGGGAAAACGCUGGAGCAGAAAGGUCCUCGUUCUCAAGCCCCACUUCUACACAGUAUGGACAUUCUGAACGGAACAAUUCUGGCUAUGUUCCUUUUGUGCCAUUACCUGCAGAUAUGUUUGUUAAACCUCAGAAAUCAGACACGGGAAAUGAGCAAGUGGCAGGAAACCAUGAUUCACUUGCUUCCAAGAGAAGCGACCCAACGGGAUCUGUUUCUGGGAAUGCUGAAUCUGGUAAAUCAAGUGAUGGCUUGCAGCUCUCAGAAAAACCAGUAAACCAGACUGAGGGCCAGGAAGACAAAGAACGGGCUGAAAAAUCAGAGAGGUGGUUUAAAAAGGUUGCGGAGCUACAUGAUGUUACAGAUCUCUCAAGUGCAAUAUCAGACGAAGACUUCCCAGAAAUUAUGCCAAUGCGUAAAGGGGAGAACAGAUUUGUUGUCAGCAAGAAGAAGGACCGAUCAUUGACCUCACCCUUGUACAAGAGACGCAUGGCCAUGGAACAAUCAAGCAACACUAACUUUGUACCUUUUGUUCCCUUUCCACCAGACUAUUUUGCUAAGAAGAAAACACAGCCAGAAAAAGAAGCUUCAAAAGAGAGACCUGUUAGUGAAACUUCUUCCAUUGCUGAGCCAGCUGAAAACAUUGCAAAUGUGUUGGGAAAGUCAUCUGAAGGUAAUGUUGCUGACCUGGGGGCUUCCAGAUCUUCAGUUCAACAGUUGGAGAAUCAGCAUACUAGCAGCGAGAGCUGGAACACUACCAAAGCUGGAAAUGGCUAUAGUGAAAACAAUAGCUGUUAUGGGCUACAAUCUGUUGCCAGUUCUGCCCAACGACCUGAGAAUCUACAGAAUAGUAGUGGGGUGGGUUGGAAUAGUGGGUCAUCUUGGAGGGGGCAUACUGAUGGUGCUGGUUAUGGGGCAUCAACUGUGGGAAGUUCUGCUUCAAAACCUGAUAAUCUACAGACUAAUAGUAGGGAGGGUUGGAACAGUGGAUCAUCUUGGAAAGGGAGUACAGCUUCACCAACCAUGGGAACUUCUAUCCCAAGAUCUGAUAAUUUACACGCUAAUAACAGGGAGAGUUGGAAUAGUGGAUCCUCCUGGAAGGGGAGUACAGGAGAUCCUUCCCAACAGCCUCAGAACCUUCAGAAUGGGAGGGAGAGUUGGAACAAGGGAUUUUCAGGUAAGAGUUUGGAGGGAUCAGCAGUGAAGGAACCAGAUCCCUUGGAUAUGUCUCAGGAGGCCAAGGAACAGAGAUGGUUUCGGCGGGUUGCUCAGAUCAAAGACAUUUCAGAGUUGAGCAAUAUCCCUGAUGAAGACUUCCCUGAGAUAAUGCCGAUGCGGAAAGGGGUGAACAGGUUUGUUGUCAGCAAGCGUAAGACACCGUUGGAAAGGAGGUUGACAUCCCCCCAAUACAGAAGGAACCUUCCUAUUGUGAGCUCUGAUCCAGUGAAGAACGAGAACGAUACAAGCUGAAAUUAAGGGUGGGUAAAAAAUCUGUUCAUAUUCUUUUUAGUGGGAAAGGAAACUUGUAAGAACAAUCUAAAGGUGAAAUUUACUAUUAGAAAUUUUGGUCAUUUGAGUGAUUU